AUGGAAUCGUUUAAGAAUAUAGCUACUGAUUGUGUAAAAGCAGUUUAUAGAAAAAUAGAGCCUAAUAAAAAAUAAUUUAGUUUUGAAUUAUUUCGUUUAGAUUUUAUGAUAGACGAAAGUUAUAACACAUGGCUUAUAGAAGUUAAUACUAACCCUUGUUUAGAAACAAAAUGUCCUUUAUUAAAUAGAAUUAUUUCUUCUUUGAUUGAAAAUGUGUUUAAAAUUGCUGUAGAUCCCAUAUUUCCCCCUCCUAAUUUUCCAAAAAUUAAUAAUAUUGAUGAAACACGUGAGUUUGAAUAUGAUUAUUAAAACUUAAAUAAAAAAUGA